AUGUCCGCGCACAGCCUGCUCAACAGUGUCUUCUCCUGCUCUGCCUCGCCCUCCUCCACCAAAGGCUUCUCCAAGCGGAGGCUCCGCCAGACCCGCAGCCUGGACCCAGCGCUCAUCGGCCAUUCCAGCAAGGAAGAGGCGGCGGCGGGGGAGACCUCAGCCCGCGCUCCCCGGGCCAGGGCGGCGGGCGGCAGCCCCUCGGCGGAAUGCCUGGCGGCCUUCUCUUCGCGCGCUCUGCUGCGCCCGGCCGGCGGGGGGCUGCCCGCGGGCGUCUCCUCGCUCUCCACGCCCAGCACCCCGCUGGAGAAGUCGCCGUCGGGCAGCUUCCACUUCGAGUACGAGAGCCCGCGAGGCAAGCGGCACACGGCGUGGGAGCUGCCUUUCCUGGCGCGCGCGCCCUCCGCCUCGGCCCUCGGCAGCGCCCCUGGCGGCGGCGCCGGCGCGAACAGCCUCUUCUUUUCGCCCCGAAGGUGGCUCCAGCAGAGGAAGGGCCCGCAGUUGGCCAGUAGCCCCACCUGCGCCUACGUCGUCUGGGAAACCGAGGGUGACUUCACUUGGAACAGCAUGUCAGGACGCAGUGUCCGUCUGAAGUCUGUUCCUGUUCAGAGCCUUUCAGAAUUGGAACGUGCUCGGCUACAGGAAGUAGCAUUUUAUCAGUUGCAGCAGGACUGUGACCUAGGUUGUCAGAUAACUAUUCCUAAAGUGCCUCUUCCUCCAGCAGAAGAGCCACUUCAGGAGGAGAAAGGCUCCUUCAGAAUGAAAGAAGGCCUUAACCUUGCAUCAACAUGA